AUGCUUGACGACCAGUCCAUGCGCGACAGCUUACAGGUUGCGCCCCUUGCAAUUCACAAGGGCCGGUCAGAUAAUGCGAAAGAGCAAGCCGAGGCUUGGGGGAAUGGAUCUUCGUCUUCGAAUUCACAGUCGCCGUCGCAUAUAACACCACCGUCAACACCCAAUGGCUCACAGGAAGACAUUAGCACGUUGCCGAGCACCUCAGCACCACCACCUCCAGUCUUUCACAAUUUCUUGAGAGCAUUCUAUCCAUUUCACCCAAGUUACGCUGCAUCAGAUUCUACUGUUACCUUGCCACUCGACGAAGGCGAUGUCGUCCUUGUCCACUCGAUACACACGAAUGGAUGGGCCGACGGAACACUGCUGGCCUCUGGCGCUCGGGGUUGGCUGCCGACAAACUACUGUGAGGCAUAUGACCCGGAAGAAAUGCGAAAUCUCUUGCAGGCACUACUAAACUUUUGGGAUUUGCUGCGGAGCACAAUGACGAAUGAGCGUGAUAUCUUCAGCAACCAAGAGUUCAUGAAAGGUAUCAUAGCUGGCGUCCGAUAUCUCUUGGAAUGCACACACUGCUUAACAAGAGACGCUCCAACCAUUCAACGCAAUGACAAUCUUAGAAGAGGCCGGAAAUCACUACUAUCCGAGCUCUCUUCUUUAGUCAAGACGGCCAAGAGGCUACAGGAAGCCCUCAGGUCCUCUCAGCUUCUGACCGAGGAAAUCAACGAUAUCAUUGAUGUCAUGAUCCUCAAAGCCUUUAAAAUUAUCGUAAAAGGAGUACGAUUUCUAGAUCUCCUAGAAGAAGACAGGCAACUUCGCGCGCCGCCAACAGUAACGGUCAUGGCCACCGUGAUGGAAGAGUCAAUUAUUCCACCCACACCUCCCGCCGACUCGACGAAUUUCGACCAAGGCCCGGAAGCCGACCAGCAUGCAGCUUCCCGAGGUGUUCCAGAAGUAACCACUACCGACGUGGUGGAGACGCAAUCAACCGAUGGUACACAAGCAAACGCACCAGCUAACAAGCGUUUGUCCUCCGUUUACUCGCCAACAAACACGACGGGUCAACGUCUCUCCCAGGUCAAUUACGCCCGGGGAAAUCGGCUGUCAGCAAGUAUAUCACACAGGGUAUCUCUAGUCGGCCCAUCAUCAAUGUCUCAACCACAAAACUUGGUUUCAACACGCUUGAGCUCCAGUCACGACACCUUGCUCUCUUAUCUUGGUUCAUUCAUCGGCCGUUUACAACUGCAGUCUCAGUCUCGCGCAGAGUUGGCAUUGGCCAUCAAACAAUCGGCUGUCUUGGGAGGAGAUCUUCUUGCCGUCGUCGAUACCGUUUGCAGGCACAACCCAUUUGGUUCCGAAUCUCUGGACCAAGCACGGGCCCUCAUGUAUGACCGCAUCCGCGAGCUAGUAUACUCGGCGCGCGACAUCCUCACCAGCACUGAAACCGAGGCCGAGGAUGUGAUUAUGCUGCAGGACAACGGCCACCUCUUGUCGGCUGCCAUGGGUUGUGUUCAAGCUGCUGGUGGAUGCGUGGAGAAGACUAACUGGGUCAUUGAAAGGAUUGGCGACUUCGAAUUUGAGACUGAGGACACCGGACUCGGCAUCGACCUGGACGUCUUCGAUAAAGUUGCUGAAAGCCGCCCAGGCACUCCUGAGAGACGCGCACGCGAGUCAGGGAGUACAAAUGGACGCUCCGGAUCUGUGCGACCACUACACAUGUCCAUGGAGAAGCCUUUGCCCAGAGUUCCGGGUACUUCCGACGAUGCCGAGACGACGGAGUCAGUAAACGACUCUCGUCCUUCGUCGCGGUCUCAGUCCGUAGCCACGGAUGAUGCCAUGUCGAGUGUUGCCUCGUCUGUAGCUUCAUCGCGGGCUCGACUUCCCCCACUUCCUAGGCUGACUACCACCCUACCGCCUGAAGAGUCGUACAGCCCAACCACCGAGGCCUCUCAUGACAGUGAAUAUCAUGGAUCAUUCCGCUCGGAGCUUUCGACUGCAUCGAGCUCGGGGACCAACAGCACCUACCUCAGCAGGGACUCGGAGACAAGUCUCGCUUCUCAGGUAUCCACUCGAGUUGACACGCCGGAUUUGAAGAGCCGACCAUCGCUACCAGAUUUGGAUGCCACCGGUGCAUGCGAUACAGUAGAAGAGUCAGACGAUGUCGAGUCUAGAUUACUCGAAAAGACAUAUGCUCACGAGCUUAUGUUCAACAAGGAAGGCCAGGUCACGGGUGGUUCGUUGCCCGCUCUGGUUGAACGUCUCACCACCCACGAAUCUACGCCAGAUGCCAUUUUCGUGUCUGCAUUCUAUCUCACAUUCAGACUGUUCUGUUCACCGCGUAAGCUUGCCGAAGCGCUGAUCGACCGCUUUGACUACGUGGGCGAGGCGCCACACAUGGCCAGUCCCGUUCGCCUGAGGGUGUACAAUGUCAUCAAGGGGUGGCUUGAAUCACACUGGCGCGAGGAAACGGACAAUGAAGCUUUGCCCGUCAUUCGUCAUUUUGCCGACUUCAAGCUCAGCUCGUUACUGCCUUCUGCCGGGAAGCGGUUGUUGGCACUCGUCGACAGAGUCUCGUCUACCGACGGCCCCCUAGUCCCGAGACUGGUCUCCUCCAUGGGCAAGACCAGUACCUCGAUUUCGCAAUACGUGCCCUCUGAUACGCCGCUACCCAACCCGUCGCUGACAAAAAGCCAACAACACAUACUUCAAAACUGGAAGUUGGGUGGCAGCUUGCCAUCGGUGCUCGACUUUGAGCCCCUGGAGGUUGCACGCCAGUUGACACUAAAGCAGAUGAACAUCUUCUGCUCUAUACUCCCAGAAGAGCUGCUGGGAUCCCAGUGGAUGAAGAAGGGCGGCGUUGAUUCGCCCAAUGUCAAGGCCAUGUCCGGACUUUCGACUGAUAUCUCAAAUCUGGUUGCAGAUACGAUUCUGCAGUACCCAGAUGUCAAGAAGAGAGCCGCGGUGAUCAAGCAAUGGAUCAAGAUUGCACACCAAUGCUUGCAACUCAACAAUUAUGACGGAUUGAUGGCGAUUAUUUGCAGCCUCAACAGCUCCAUCAUCAACAGACUGCGAAAAACCUGGGAAUAUGUGAGCCCGAAGCGCCGUGAGAUGCUCAAGACGCUUCAAGCCAUUGUUGAGCCAUCCAACAAUAACAAGGUGCUCCGAGCACGUCUUCAGGGCCACGUUCCGCCAUGCCUACCCUUUCUCGGAAUGUUCUUGACAGAUCUGACUUUUGUCGAUAUCGGCAAUCCAGCAACCAAGCAGUUGCCAGGCUCAAACGCCGAGGAGAACGGGCUGACUGUUGUCAACUUUGACAAGCACACCCGCACAGCCAAGAUCAUUGGCGAGCUGCAACGUUUCCAGAUCCCGUACCGGUUCACAGAGGUCGCCGACUUGCAAGAAUGGUUCCAAGCACAAAUUGUGCGCGUCAAGGAGGCAGACCAGGAAAACAAUGUGCAGGUCAACUAUUACCGCAAGAGUCUACUGCUCGAGCCGCGUGAAACGAUUCCCCGUACACCAGUAGAAGGUCCCUUGGCAACGCCUACCCCGGGCCAGAAGACUGGUUUCUCAUGGAUAUCGCGAGACCGCGGACACCACAACAACACUUCAACUGUGGCAGUUUAG